UCGCUGUCACGGUACAGCGGUGUGGCUCAGGACAGAGGCAGCGAGGAGACGAACAACUCAUCUCAUACAUCAAGUUGUUGUUGAUAAUGAAAGCCAUCAGUCCCGUCCGCUCGGUGAGGAGCUGCUACAAGGCCGUGUGCUGCAUCUCGGAGCAGAGUCUCGCCAUCAGCCGGAAUAAACACUCGUGCGCGGAGGAGCCGGCGGGCGCCCUGUGCGACAUGAACGACUGCUACUCCAAGCUGAAGGAGCUGGUGCCCAGCAUCCCGCAGAACAAGUCGGUGAGCCAGGUGGAGAUCCUGCAGCACGUCAUCGACUACAUCUUCGACCUGCAGAUCGCGUUGGAGGCGGAGGACGCGGCCGCGCCGGAGAUGGUGCUGUCAAUACAGACUGCUGAUCUUACGCACAAAUUCUCCAAAGAAGAAGGACGGUUGUGCCACUAGGACGAGGAUGACAAAUUAUGGUGCAGGGAAACACAUGUCUCCACUUCAGUCCCGGGCAAGAGGACAAGAGGGGCAGAGAGAGAGAGGGGGUGGGAUAGGUAUUUGGGAGAGAAGGAGAAAAGAAGAAGGAGGAGGAGGAGGGAGGGGGGGUUGAAGAAAGAAAAGACAAGAAAAGAAGUGGACUGUUUCCUAGAUGAGUGGGAAUCAACAGUAGUGCAUGAGCAAGAAAACAGAGUCUCAUUCUUUGCCCCCCCCCCCUCCCCUCCCACCAGACAGACAAAUCAACACACCAAAGCAGAAGCCAGGACUGGAAAGUAAAAGCUUUGCCCAACUUUGUACAAACCUGGGAUUCCCUAUAGAUAAGACGUAGAAAAUAUUGGUACAUCGCUCUCUCAUUUUCCUUUUUUUGUUAUUGUGUUGCAUUCCAAACUUUUUCAUUUUUUUAUUUUCUGCCUAAACUCACACCCAACCUGAACCUGUCAUCAUCUCACAGGAUUUUCCCUCUGUUGCCCCCCCCCCCAACCUCCAAAAAAGAAAAAUCUGUUUUCUUAUGAUGAAGCUUAUGUUUCAGCUUCAUACGAAUGUGUACAUAUCUGCUGUGGGUAUGUAAAAGGUGUGAGUCAGUUUGUAUAAUCAGAACUCUAUACUAGAGUCAAUUGUAAAUGUUUGUAGGGAUUGUUUUAUUUCUACGGACAAUGUGAUGCGAGUUUCAUAAACUCUUUAUUAUAAAGUUUUGCUUUGUAUGUAUGUAUGUUCUUCUGUAAUGAAAUAAAAGAAAACGUGUGAAACAUUGAA